AUGAGUUUUAGACAUGUGUUUCAAAAGUAUAUAGAUAACCCAGAUACGUGUCUGGAGCUACUAUUAUACAAGGAUGAAAAUGUUUUGAUCAUUAAAGAUGCAUUCCCCAAAGCUUUGAGACAUUAUCUUAUAAUCCCAAAAUCGGCUGAUAAAACUCAUGUUCAUCCAUUGCUUGUAUUUCAAAAUCAUCCGCAUUUUUACAAUAUGAUUGAAGAGUACGUGAAGAAGACGAAGCGACUUAUCGUGGAUGAUUUGUUCGCUGCGGGUCUAUUGAAAUUUGAUGAGCCUGAUACUUUGGCAACCCAGGAAUUUAUGAAUCGCUUCAUUAAAGCCGGAGUUCAUUCAAUCCCAUCCCUCAACAAUUUACAUAUACACGUCAUCACGCAGGACUUCCAUUCGCCUCGUUUAAAGCACAAGAAGCAUUACAAUUCGUUCACCACCCAGUUUUUUGUGGAGUUCUCCCGUUUGGAGCCUUCGCAUAUUGAUAUGGGUGACGGGUUGGGAUACGAUACGUCAUCCAGCCAAAGUACUGAUGAUGAACCAGAUUCAAUCCAACUAUCAUCGAUACCCCACGAAAUGGAUCCUGUAAAGCUACAAAAUCUUAUCUCCAAAUCGCCAUUAAAAUGCACAUAUUGUGGGGCGACUUUUGCAAACAGGUUCGUACACUUGAAGAAACAUUUGCAGGAAGAAUUCAUAAAAAAUUUUGUUGUAGUUCCAACUAAAGAAGAAUGA